CCUAGUUUGUGGGACUCCAGCGGAUCUCCAUGCAGUCCGGGGGACUCCAACGGACCUCCAUAUUGUGCGGAAACGAGUCAGUAACCUCCCCGUGAUCCCUGGGGACGAGGAUGCCCAGGCUCUAGGGUUAAUGAAGCAUAAAAGGUGGAGGCUGGAGCCCAUCAAGGUUGAGCAGGUGGAGUCCUACAGCAAGAAGAAGGACGAUAAGGAGGAGGAGAACACUAAACCAGUUGCUAAGAGGUCUAAACUCCCACUGCACAACUUUGCCAAGCUUGAAUCCUCUAAAUCCGAGUAUUCAAAUAUCAAUGGAAGAAUACAUACCCAGGAGGAAAAUAAUGCAAAAGUUUCUGAGAAUGGAAAGAUCUUAAGCUCUUUCCGUCACUAUGGUCUUGGCAGUGCAGAACCCGGACAGAAACCUCAUGUACAGGCUGUAAAUGAGUUGGAUAUCCCAGCCUUGAAUCUUCAUAAGAAGGUUCUGGAAAAUGAUGGAGAGGUACAACAAGAUGUACAUGUCGGACAACAGGACGAGGACAAUAUCCUGCAGGUAGCUGAGGACCUGGCUGAGUAUGUCCGGGUGACAGGGGACGAGGUCGGGGUAGUCUCUUUCUUCAUGGAGCUCGUCGAAAACGAAAAGAUGCCGGAAGCUGAAGGUUUAAUGUACCUGGAACUGAUAAACUCCCUUCUAGUUCAGCAUCCGGGGAACAAAAGGGAUGAGGAUAAGGAAAAGAGGUUUUCUGAAGAGGAGAAAGCCAGAGAGGAGGAAGCAGAACUCAUCCUUAAUUUUAGCGACUUCAUUGACGGAAAGUUCCAAGCAGGAGAACUAUCACCAAAAGUCUACAAACAACUGAAAGAUAAACUGAUGGAGUCUGUUCUGGAGAAAGCUGAACAGGAUCCAAACUUCCUGUUUGAUCCAGAGGAGCCGUCAUUUUAAAGGUGGCUGGGUACUAGAGAGAGGAACAAAAUCCUGCUUUGCAGCCAACCAUGAACCAUAUCGGUGUAUUUGUGUAAAACAUUAUUAAACCAAUAAAACUAAUAAAAGAUUUUCUAAAAUAGA